AUGGGCACAACACAGUCGCCACACGCAUACCCCGGUACAUGCACACACACACACACACAUACAGAGAGCGAACCGUUCCCAGCAAUGCCGUCCAAUGCUGAGCUCUAUAUAUACUACUGUCGGCGCUCUGCAUGUCACCCCAAUAGCGCGGUGAAGCGCUACCUCGACGACACAGCCAGCAGCCCGCUCGAGGUAGUGGAUGUCUCGGCGAACUACUUGGGCUUGCGCGGCCUCAUUCCUGUCUUGGACCUCGUAAAGAACACCAAGACAGUGCACACGUUGGAUUUGAGCAACAACACGAUGGAGCUGGAGCAUGUGGAGCACCUGGCGUACUGCCUCGCCCUCCACCCCUGCAUGCGGACGGUGCGCCUGUGCAACGACGGGUUGCAUGACGGCCACGUCGACGCGCUGCUGCAGCUGCUGGGGGAAAACGCGUCCAUUGAGCACGUUUCUAUAGAGGGCAACAACUUGACGGUGGCUUCGGUGCAGGCUAUUGCACGGGCGCUAGAAAAGAGCAAGGCGGUGCGGGCGCAGCGCCGCCGCGAGGAGGAGGAGCACGACUCCUAUCUGAAGAGUCACACGCCCCGCGCGCGUCUAUCCUUUCAAGCGCGCCUCUCCGACCACAUAUCGGCCGGAGAGUCCGGCGGCUACAUCCACUACGCGACAUGGUGGAGGAACCCGCAGUACAGCGUGAAGCUCUCUCGCUCGUCGCGCGUGUCGUUUGUGCUGGAGUGCGCCCAUGCCGAGGCCGCCAAUCAGGUAGGAAUGCUUCUGAUGCGUCACGACGGCGUGCACCGCGUUGUCGAAAUCCUAGCAGAUACCCUUGUUGUGGAAAGCUCCAUCGAAGAUCAGCGGUGCACUAUGGAGGCCCACCUUCGCAUGGAUGAGGCAUACGUUGUGAUGCCCUUCUCCUUUAACGUGGGCCGCGCCGUGGACUUUACGCUGGCCGCCACCCUUCGCAACGACCACGCCGCGCAGGAGGAGGGCUGGAUCACGGUAGAGCGUCUCAAUGCGCGGUACGACUGGUGCAUGCGAACGGUGGAAGCAGCCUGGACGAGCGACAACGCCGGCGGAGGCCCUGACUGCCCUUCCUGGCGGCGCAACGACAUGUACCACCUCACGUGCGCGAACACCGCCGCCGCUCCGGGGCAGCAGCAGCCACCGUCCUUCAUGGCCACAGUGCACGUACUGCUCAUGAAGGAGGCUGAUCCGUACGAGAACGAUAGUCGGGCAAUUGGGUUGGACGUGGUCACCUACGACGUCCACAACGCGACUGCCCCGCCGCUGCUAUGUACCCCCGAAGUCGUGCGCGCGUCCCACUCUCACCAGCGGAAAACCUUUAUUUCGCUGCAGUUCAGCAUGCCUGUCGCAGAGCUGGACGUGUUCGUUGUUCCGAGUACGGCGGAGGCGGGGCAGACGGGGACGUAUAGCAUCACCGUUUUCAGCUCGGUGUCAGUCGACUUCACGAGGUCGGCGUUCCCGCACGGGUGGCGCUAUCGCACCGUGACUGGCCACUGGGAUGCCGACUGCUGUGGUGGGUGUCGUCAGCUGUAUCAGUCGUGGAAGAACAACCCUGCCACGGAGGUGUGCGUCGAGGAUGCCGCGAAGUCUCUCGUGGCAUGCGUUGAGGUGCACGCUGCGGAAGCAACGACGGCGGCGCAGAAUGCGGAGAAGCAGAUGGCUACUGCAGCCGCCCAAGAAACACCGGUGGCGAUGGAAAGGAAGACAGAGCUGGAGGAGUUGCGUCAACGUCACCGCAGCUCGAAGCGAGAAGUCUGCGUCGCCGUGGUGAGCUGCAGCCCGCCGUCGUACGCCGAGUUGGCCGUGUCGGCGCUGUCGGAAAAGUCAGCGAUGGCGGUAGCCAACGAUAUUCAGCAGCCCGUCUUUGUCGUACCAAUGCUCCGCCACGCCGCCGAGACGGGCGCCUACACUCUGGAGCUCUUCUCCUCUUCUUCCUUUGUCGUCUGCGGGGCAACACAGUCGCUCGCCGUACGACAGCGAGAGGCACAGCUGGCCGCCUACUCCGCCGAAAACGGGCGGCGCGCGGCACAGCAAAACGCAGAGCAGCAAUCUUGUCGCGGUGGCGCCGACAUGCCCGCCCUGCGUGAGGAGAGACGGGCCAUAUUGGACAGGCUCUACGCGACUGACCUGCCGUUUGUCGACCGCGACUUUCCGCGCGGCACAUCGUCCCUGUUUCUGGACCCGGCUGAUGCCCCGCCGCUAAACUUUCCUGCGGUGACGGAGUGGAGGCGCGCGUCGCAGCUGAAGGUCUCGCUCCACGCGCGUGGAGGCGACGCGACCUUCAUGAGUCCGCCCUCGCCCUACGGCCCCCGCCACUGGUUCGCCUCGGUGCUGAACUCGGUGGCAGCCAAGCCAGGAUGGCUAUCUCGCGUCUUUGUGGACUACUUCAGGGAGGCCGGGUUUGCGCAGUUUGCCUUCUACAAACAGAACGACUGGGUCGGUGUGACGGUGGACGACUACCUGCUCGUGGACAACCAAGGCGCGCUGGUUUACGGCCACGGCGCCGCUGCCGACGACGCGCUCUUUCCGUUGGCCGAAAAGGCGUACGCGAAGCUCCAUCGGUGCUACGAGGCGAUGGAGCUGAAGGUGUGCCCACAGCAGUCGCUGCUGGAGUUGCUGCGCCAGGGGCUCAUGGACGUGUCAGGAGGCUACUGCUCCACGAUGCGAGUGAGGCCCACAGACGGCUCCGAACUGCCAGAGAACGAGCGGGAGGCGCUUUGGCGCCAGCUCAAAGCCGGUGUAAGCCGCUCAGUGCUCUGCGCUUUGAUGCUGGACAGUCGCAGCACCGGCGCACGGGAGCGCUCGCGUGCUGGUCUUCUGCCCGAUCGUCUCUACGGUGUCAUGGACGCCCGCUUUGUAGAGCAGCAGCGAGUGGUGAAGGUCCGCAAUUUCGACUCUCGCAAUGACGCCGACACGACGUGGCGGGGGAAGUGGGCGGACAAGAGUUCGCUCUGGACGGAGACGCUGCUUGAGGUACUUCAGUACCGCCCUGACGAGGACGCCAUGUGGAUGCACUUCGACGAGGUGCUCUACUACUACACGCACUUGCUCGUGACAGAGGUGUGCGCACACACGGCCACCGUCUCCGGCAGCUUCGCCGAGUCCACCGCCAACGACCCCGACGAUGCCGAUCUUUCGCUGCGUAACCCACAGUACGCACUCACGGUGACGCGAACAUCUGCAACGGCGGCGGACACGACGCCAAUCGAGGUGCAUGUUGGGGUGCACCGCCGCGAUCCUCGCCUCGAUAUCACGCGCGACAAGCACACCACUGCCACGUUCAAAACGGCGAUCGGCUUUGCUGUGCUAGGGACGGAAGACAACUGCCGGCGCGUCUGCCGCAUCACAGACAAGCAGCUGCUGCAGCUUGUCACCCCGAACCGGCAGCGCGACGCCUACUGCACGCUACAACUCACUGCCGAGGCGCUCUGCUCGCAGCGCAUUACUGUCAUGCCGUUCUGCGAGCACACUUGCGACCCCGACGCGCUCUACUGCAUCUCUGCGAGGUGCAGCGGCCCCGCCACGGUGAGCAUCGCGCACGUCACCCCCAACGCCACCACCACGGUGGCAGGGCAAUGGGACUCAAAUGCCGGCGCCCCUGACUCGCCGCUCUGGCGCAACAACCCGCAGUUCUUUCUCUCUCCUGUGGAAGCGAUGGAGGUGACAAUAACGCUGCGCACGGCCCAUCCGACAUCCGGCGUGCGCGGCUUCACUGUCCACAAUACGCAGCGGUGCAGCAGCUUCCUUACCUUUGAACCCGCCACAGUUGUGGCGAGCGCCGCUGCAGAUGCGGUAGGGGUGGUGCCGACGUGCGUGGUGCGUCUGGCCGGCAUGAGGGAAAGGCGUGGAAUGCCAUAUGUGGUGGUGCCGUACUCCUCCGGCGGAGCCGAGGACUUUAGUGUGGAGGUGACUGCCAAUCGUUCAGUGCAGCUCCGGCCGAUUGACCCGCGACUCGACUGGCAUAGGGUUCGACAGAACGUGUCGAUCAGCGCUGAGAAAGGCAACGCUGGCGGCAGUCUCGCAUUUCCGUCGUGGCGUUUCAACACUCAGAUGGCGCUCACGUUCCCCGUGGAGCGCGAGGGCCGUCUUUUCAUAUCUGCCCGGCGCUUCCGCUCCGCCGACCCACGCGUGAAGGUGGGCAUGGUGCUGAUGCGAUCCGGUCGCACCGUGAACGGCGGCUACCGCCGCCUUCUCGCUUACGCAGAAGCGGACAUCGUCGCGCGGUCAUCGGAAAGGGCCGGCGGAGAGGCUACUCUGGCCACGGAGGUGAGCCUUCCAGCCGGGCGAGGGGCGCUGGUGCUGUUGGUCCACGCAGACCAGCCGUACAAGGAGGCCGAGGUAGAGCUGAGCGUUUACUCGGCAGCCACCGUGGAGAUGCAACCAGUGGUGGAGUGGACGAAGGUGCUGUGGGAGGAAGGAAGUUGGGAGCUUGGUACCACCGCCGGCGGAAGCCGUACCCACUUCGCGAACUGGAUCAACAACCCCUUCUACGGCCUCUCGGUAAUUCGCAGUACCGAAGUUGUCGUCCUCCUCGUGCAGUACCCCCGCGACCGCGAGCACCCCAAGGUGCGGCGGUACGGUCAGAAGAAGGCGUUUCUGCCGCCCCCGAUAGAGUUCAAGGGGCGAUGCACCGCCAUCGAGCUGAGUAUCGUCAAGUACGACAAGGACCUCUCAGAGGUGGCAAGCGUGAAUGCGGGAACCGCGGCGGAGGCGUACCUGGUAACGGAGCUGCUGCCUGAUCAGCCGUACCUCCUCGUGCCGUGUACCAGCGAGCCGCAGCACGACGGGGACUUCAAACUCUUCGUCUUUGCCGAUCACCCCAUUGAUCUCUUUGAGGCCGAGAAGCCGCGGCUGCCGUACGUCUAG